GUGGCUCGCGGGGGGCGCGUCCGAAGCGGGUUUCAAUUUCAAACCCAAACAGUCUGAGGGACGAGCCUGUGUGGGCGAGCCGCGAGCGCCUUUACCGAGGAUUUACCGCGCUUUGUCGUUCACGCCGCCUUCGCUUCGGCAUUGGAGCGGUUUAAACCGAACCUCUGCUCCGUUUUGUUGAAUGAUAAAUCCACGCUCUGGUUCUUUGUCACCGACGGUGGCCGACGAGGAGAUUUGAGUCUUUAUUGAAUCGCCGCCGUGCUCGGACUGCUUUGUUUUUAUUUGAGAAGCUCAUCUCCUCCACCAUCAUGCCGAGGUCCAACAGGCAGAAGGAGUACAAACCCGGAGACCUGGUCUUCGCCAAGAUGAAGGGCUACCCGCACUGGCCCGCCCGGAUCGACGAGUUACCUGAAGGAGCCGUCAAGUCGCCCUCAAACAAAUACCAGGUCUUCUUCUUCGGGACGCACGAGACCGCCUUCCUCGGAGCCAAGGACUUGUUUCCGUACGAAGAAUGCAAAGAGAAGUUUGGAAAAGCAAACAAGAGGAAAGGCUUCGCUGAGGGUCUGUGGGAGAUCGAGAACAACCCGACUGUCACGCACGAGGGCUACGAGUCGUCAAAGAAGGACAACGCCUCGGAGGCGGCGGGGGACGCGGCCGGCGCCGAGAAAGCCGCUGCCGAGGGCAGCAGCGACGAGGACGAAGGCGCCCUGGUCAUCGACGAGAAGAACGAGAGGGCGGGAACCAAACGAAAAGCAGAAUCCACAGAGGCAUCGCCCAAGCGGCCAAAGGAGACGGAGGCCGACGGCAACAAGCCCGGCACGGAGGGGAAGCUGAACGACGUGGGCGGAGCCAAGGCCCCCUCCUCACAACCGGCUCCCCAGGAAGUCGCCGCCGGCGCGGCUCAGCUAACGGCAGAGAAGCCCGUGACUGACAGCGCCUAACGGCAGAACCAAGAAUUCAACCAUCAACCAGUUACCUGCAGACGUCCAGAUUUGAGCGGGAAAUUCCAAUGCGAGCAGAAGCUGGUGAACGCCGACGAGCGUCAUCGGCGGUCUGUGGGAUAUCGUCUACCCAGCAGGCCACGCCUUUGCUAAUCCGACAAACGUUUCCAGCUCGUGUACAAACAGCGUUUUGGUGUGUAUAUAGUUUUAUUUUUAAGUGCAAUUACAUAAUUACAAGACUGAACGAUUGAACGUUUCAGUUAGAGGGAACAAAUCAAGAUGCAUCCGGAUAAGAACAUUUCUCAAUCUGAAGACUAAAUUCCAAAGCUUUCUUUGAUGGUUUUCAAUCUCCAACGUUGUACAGAAACAAACCUCGCCGUCACGCCGCUCUCGCUCGCCCCUCCCUCCCUCGCUUCGAUUCUUUGAUUCAGUCCUUGGAUGCAUGAGUUGCACUUUCCCUCCGUUUUCCUCCUCAUUCAUUCUGGUCUAGCUUAUUUGGUGGCAUUUUGUACUCCCAUGUAAACGCUUCCCAGCCGGUACCGGGUUCUGCUCGGCCCGGUCCGGCCGGAAGUUCUCCGCUUUGGAGCGCCAUAAAUAUUGACGCUCACUUUGAGAAGAACUCUUAGAUUGAACCUGUGAACUUCCCGUAGUUGCGAUAGAUCCUGAAUGUUGUCGUUCCGUGUAGAAACGUCUUGACAGAAACGCGGCGGCGCCCGUCGGCGCUCGAUUCCCGCUGUGGUGGAGUGUCUGAGCGGGCCGGCGUUGAUGUCAGUUCAUGAGCAUCACUGGAAUUGUAAACACUAACAUGAUUUGCACACGUGAGUCCUGAAAGAAAAAAGAUCAUCUGAGUAAAGCUGUAGCCCCGCCCCCUCCGUACCUGGAGCUCCACCCGCUUCACUUCAGUGACGGUGUUGUCGUGGAUGUCAUUGGUCUUUCUUUGCUCCGCUGUUCUGUCAUGUUCUUGGAGAUGUUUGUCUGCACUUCAUGAGAUCCAGGUGAAGCCCCGCCCCCCCUGAGGGCAGAUGACCCCCCCCGGGGGGCCCUCGGGGGGGCAGGAACAGAGUCCUGGGAUGUUUGUGUUACUUUAGAAAGCUGCCAUUCAUCUUAAUCUGCUGCUUAGUUGACCAUUGUGGCUGCCUGUCCAUUUAAUAAAAAUGUUGAUUACAAAAA